GCAAUUGACAGAAGUACUAACUAGCACGCUCAGAAGUUUUCUUUCCACAGAAUCACGCAAAUCCCAUUCCUUAUUAGCUGUCUUAUACAUUCAUUUCAUUCAAUCAUAAAGAAAAGAACUAUCUACCUACACGUUGUCUCUAUUGAUACCGUGAGAUAGUAUUUGUUACCUAAAUAUCAUAGCCUGACUCAGACUUGCCUUUAAAGUCAACAUCUGAUUCCCCUCACAACGGGGAUCCAUGUUGAUUACCAGAGUUUUCUUCAUUGUCAGGUAAAGAGAAAUGCUUUAUGUUUUCCCUUAGCUACUGUUUGUAGCGUGUUUCGUGUGGUUCAGCUUUGUCCGAACAACAACACUAUUGGAAAACAAAUUCUACAGGAGACUUUUUUGGCAGAAAAUUGUACCUAGCUAGAACACGAAACUCCAAUUAUUCCGUUAUUGAAACACAAAUCCACUUCGUUCUUUAUUUCCUUUCGGUAUUGACUGAAGGAUGACACUGUCUCUCUAACCCGUCGUUUUUUCUUUGUCGUUUUUUUCAUUUCUAUUUCAUUAUUUCUCUUUACUUUUACGUCGGUAAAUUACCGUUCUGUAACUUGUUUCCUCUUUUUUUUUUUUUUUUGGAACAACCCGUGUGAAUAACAACGAAUUUCUGUUCACAUUUUGCGUUGUUCUAUAAUACGAAAACAUCUACUGACUUGGUCCGAAAUUUCUUUGCCGCUGGUCCGACGUUGGUUGCUUUCACAUACACCGCAUUUCGAGGAAUCUUGAGAUUACCUUGUUUCAGGUUCAUCUUUAGUGACCUUCGCUUAGGAGUAUCUUAGGAACUAUCGUUUAUAACAGUAAAUCUGUAUCCAUUCUCUACCUACAUUCAGUUAGGUGUGAAAAAAUAAGUGUUCUCGGAUUUAUUUACUCAGACGGUUCUUUACCUAAGUCUUCUUCUUUUCCACAAGGUUGAUUAAUACUUUCGUUUGCGAAGGCUAUGGCAAACUACAAUAACGAAACAUCUCCACGUCAAUGCAAUCCUCCUCCUCCUCACAACUCAUCGCCCUCUGCAGCUACCGAGUCACUAGGUGGCCAUUUUAUUUCAGAUUACAAUCGCCCAUCUUUUAGCAGGCCUCCUCGUUAUUCAGGACAACGGGGACGGCGGGGUAGAGGGAACGGAAACCAUUAUUCCUAUGGUAAGGCUCGUGAUGGCCCAUCUACGAGAGGCUUUCGCGGAGGUCGCUUUCGGGGCAGAGGAAAGCCACCUUCACGCUAUGCGCGUCCUGUUUCCCCUUAUGCUCCAUUCUCUCCACCUGGUCCUCCUCCUCCUCCUCCAGAUGCCUCAAUAUCUCCUCGUCCUACUUCUACAGGUGCGUCAGAUAACAUGUCUUCACCCUCUUAUAAACCCUCCCGUUAUAAAAGCAAUUCAUACUCUCGUCCGUCCUCCCAAACUCCCUCUUCACACAGAUACACCCCCGACAACUCCCCACAUAAGUUUCAGCGAUCCAUAUAUCCUGAUGCACCAGAACGAUCUUUACGUAAACGGACUUUGUCUAACGCACCGGAGGAAAACAAAAUACCGGAGAGUGAUUCUUAUGAAUCGAGGAACAACACUUCACCGAACAAAACAUCUGCUGCCAACACAGCCAAUGAAUCGGGGUCACGCUUUUACUUUCAAAUUCCCUCUGACUCCCGGUCCUCUUCCUCCACAGGUCUUCGCCGUUCACGUUUUGAUCGCCCGCCCGCGAAACGUAUUGCUGUAGCUGAAGAUCGAGAAGACAAAGAUAAAACGUCGCUAGGUACUGCACCAAGUAUUCCUGCUUCCAUUACUACCUUUCUCCAGGGACAAUCGGCAUAUGAACGUGUUGAUCAAAUUGGUGAAGGUACUUACGGCAAAGUUUAUAAAGCAAGAAACAGCGUCACCGGUGAAAUUGUCGCCCUUAAGCGCAUUCGGUUGGAACUUGAAAAAGACGGGUUUCCCAUCACUACGGUUCGUGAGAUUAAAAUAUUGCAGAGCCUUCGCCAUAAAAAUAUUGUGCGGCUCUUAGAAAUGCUUGUCGAGAACAAUUCUGUUUUCAUGGUAUUUGAAUACAUGGAUCACGAUCUUACAGGUGUUUUAUUGAACCCACAAUUCACUUUCAGUCCUGCGAACAUAAAACAUCUUGCAAAACAGAUGUUUGAAGGUUUGGAUUACCUUCACCAACAAGGCGUGUUACACAGAGAUAUAAAAGGGUCAAAUAUACUACUAAGCAGCAAUGGCGAUCUCAAAUUUGCUGAUUUUGGUUUGGCGCGGUUUUUUUCUACGACACAGCGGCGUGCAAAUUACACGAACCGUGUCAUUACAUUAUGGUUUAGACCACCUGAACUACUCCUUGGUGCUACAGCAUAUGGCCCAUCGGUAGACAUUUGGAGUGCAGGUUGUAUUUUGAUGGAACUCUUUACCAGGAAACCGCUAUUUCCCGGUCAAGAUGAACUGCACCAACUAGAAAAAAUAUUUGAAAUAUUGGGAACGCCAUCGAUAGAAGAUUGGCCGGAAGUAAAAGAAUUGCCCUGGUACGAGCUUAUGCGGCCAAAAAACGAACUUCCAGAUCGGUUUACCCAGCUGUUUGAGAGCUCCUUGAGCGAGGCAGCUCUUGAUCUCGCAAAACAACUACUGUCCUUAAAUCCUAAUAAGAGACCUUCUGCGCGACAGGCACUGGAGCAUCCAUACUUCACCAGUGAGUCGCCGCCUCCCGAACCUGCACAAGGAUUAAAAGACAUGCACGGUAGCUGGCACGAGUGGGAAAGCAAACGACGCCGUAGCAAAAAACAUGCUUAGAUUGUACAUGUAUAACAGGGACGACAAUUCUAUCACUACAAAUAAUUUCGCAUGAGGUUUAAUUCUUUUUUGUACAGGCAUAUGUGGAACAGCAUUCCCAUUAUUCCUUAAUCGCCCAGUCCGUUUUCUGUUAGUGACAAAAUUAGACUUUUUUGUAGGACAGGAGUAUUCGUAGAAUGGACAAAGAAAAGAAGAUUUCUGUUGACAAAUCGUUUAUGACAACUGUGCUCAUUUCCCUUAGACAAAUCUCAUCCGUUUCGCUCUGCAGCUC